AAAUCAUGUGGUUACGGAUAAGCCACCAAACCUUAUCCGGCUCACGUUAGCCUCAUCCCCUCUCCUACCUAUACCGUAGCGAGUGAGAAGCAUACAACCACACCACUAUGGCUUCCUCCUCAUACACCCCAAUCCUCUCUCAAACGUCCAAACCUCUCCAAAUCCCCUCCAAUCUCUCCUCCUCCAAACCAAUCCCAACCGUCCUUCCAUCAAAGAGAUCAAGGCCCACUACCCUCUCAAAGCUCCACGUGUCCUCCCCAACCAACGACAAUUCCACCACCACCGUCACCACUACCCAGCCAUCCCGCAGCAAACCCAACGAGGAGCGCAUCUUCUUCGACGGUGGGGCCCACUACGGGGAUCUCGUGGCCAACCUUCUCCUUGGUUUCACCCUCCUCUGGCUCCCGCUCACGUUAGCAGCGGUCUUCCGCGCCUUCUUCCUAAGGUACCGGUUCACCAACCUAAGGGUGACCGUAAUCUCCGGUCUGACCGGCCAGGACCGGAGCGAUUUCUCGUACAAGGCGAUCAAGGACGUGCAAGUCGUGCCGCGAUUUAUCGGGGAAUGGGGAGAUAUCGUCAUAACGUUGAAGGACGGGACGAAGGUGGACCUCAGGAGCGUUCCCAAGUUCCGGGAGAUCGCCGAUUAUUGUCUCUUCAUGGCCGAUAUAGGCAAGGAAUCGCUGGAAAAAGGCGAGGAGCGCAAAGGGUUUUGAUGGUAUUUUUGGGAUUUCUGCAGGGUAGUUUCGGGAAUUUGCAUCUAAGCUGUGUUUAUUAUCCUUGGUGAAGCAGGUAUGCGGUUUUUUUUUUUUGGUUAAGUUCGUUUUGCGUUCGUCGCGACUGAGAAGCCUGCGUGCAUCGCCAACCACUGGUGGACAUGCUGAGAUGGCCUGAUUAUUUUAACUGUCCAUAUUCUCUUCCUACCAUAAAUAGUCUAUCAUUCCAUAAUCACUCUUCAGAUGAUGAUCCUAACCUUUAAAUUUUAGAGUUAAAUGGGAGCCAUUGUUUCAUUGUUCUAAAUUCAUCUACGGUUAGUGAUUAUCAUAAGAAUACAUUCAGAACAUACUUUUAUCGGUGGACCGCAUAGCAUAACGUUCACAGCAUGAACGGUUCUGAUCAUUGGACCAUCUGGCAUGUGGGACCAAUGGCGAGCGACACGUGCUGGAUCCUGAGCCGUGACGGAGGCAAAAUGAUCUCUCUUUUUCAUUAUUAAUAUUUUGAGGGGAAAACAAAAAACUUUGAUACUCUGGCGGAAUGUGAUGGGUGAUACGCAUUCUAGCAUUAGCGUAACUCAAAUUUAACGGUUCGGAUAGUGGGCUGCAUUUCGUUGAUUAGAUGAUAUUUAAUGGAUGUUCAACACGAAAAAUAUCAACCGUUCAAAUUCAAUUUACAAGUUUUUAUGAAUCGGAGGCUAGAAUUAUCCGAUUAAAAUAGUUGCAGGUUUUUAACCUAUUUAUCGUUGGUUUCCAUGAUUUGGUCAGUUAAAUAGGUUCCACAGCAUACAAAUGCAAGGGGCUGUGUAUCAUCCAUCAUACUCCACCUGAGUAUCAAAUAACUUCUUUACUAUUUCUAGAAUUUUGGAUGAGAAAUGGGGGUAUAUACUGUCAAAUUGUAAUUUGCAACAAUCCGUUGAUAUUAUCAAGCACUUGAUUUCCGUA